CCGGAGAUGCUAUUUGAUUUCAAAACUGCAAUUACCCAGCCGUCUGACCAGAAGCUGAGAAAUCGACAUGCUCUGGACGCAUUUUAUUGCUGCAUCGGCUUGUGCGACAGGAUUGGUAAUGGGCCAGCUUAUUUAUCUCGAUGGUGACGUCGUAUAUUGGGCCGGCGCCUAUAAAUGAAUCGUAGUUCUCCGAAUACAUUGUCGUAAACUUCUCAACAGAGCACAUAAUUCAUUUGACAAUAUGUCUGACACCAAAAUAUCAACCAUCACCGCCGACGGCGUGGACGUUUUCUAUCGCAGCGCUGGUUCUCCCUCGGAUCAAGUAAUCCUCCUUCUUCAUGGGUUUCCAUCUUCGUCACACAUGUUUCGCAACCUCAUCCCUCUACUCUCCAAGCAAUACCAUGUCAUCGCGCCCGACCUUCCUGGGUUCGGAUUCACGAAUGUGCCAGCAGACAAAAAAUACGAGUACACCUUUGCGAAUCUCACUCUGACGAUCGAGGCGUUCCUGGAUGCCCUCAAAGUCCAAAACUUCGCUGUGUAUAUAUUCGAUUAUGGGGCUCCAGUCGCCUUUCGCCUUGCCCUCAACCGCCCCAAAGCUAUCACAGCUAUCGUCACCCAGAAUGGCAAUGCAUACGAAGAGGGCCUCGGGAAGGACUUCUGGGCGCCAAUUCAAGCGUACUGGAAAUCUGGCGCCAAGGAGGAUAGAGAUAAAAUUGACUCCGCCGUGCUUAACUUUGAUAUGACAAAAUGGCAAUACACUUUUGGCUCUCCGCACCCGGACUCUAUUUUCCCCGAGAGUUAUUACCUGGAUAGUGCACUGCUUGAGAGGCUAGGCAACCACGGAAUUCAGCUGGAUCUUCUAUACGAUUAUAGAACCAACGUUGCGCUAUAUCCCCGUUUUCACAAGUAUCUGGAGACCUCAGGCGUCCCAGUUCUUGCUGUGUGGGGUAAAAAUGACCCCGCGUUCAUUGCACCGGGAGCAGAAGCUUAUAAGAAUCAUGUGAAGGAUAUUGAGAUACACUAUUUGGAUGCUGGGCAUUUUGCUCUGGAAACGAAUGAAGUGGAGGUUUCAAAGCUGAUGGCGGAUUUCUUGAAGAAGCAUAAUAUCUAGCCAAAAUAUGACGUUGCGGUG